GCGUGAUAUGUCGGUAGGAAUCGAACAGACGAAAUGAAAUGGCAUCCAAUCCAGGAUGGAUCCGCAUGUAGAUUGUAAGAUAAAAACAUGGAGAUAUGCCAACAAUGAUUGACCCUAGUCAAAUUCAUCUGAAGUUUGGAGAGCACUUCCAUUCCAGUUGGGUCUCUGAAGACUGUGAGAUCAUAGCUUCUCAGACAGGGCUGGAUGGCUUGUUUGAGAGACUUGUAUCCCACAAAGAAGUCAAUAUCCUGCCACAGCAGGCCAUAAGUUUGAAGGGUCCAGCACUGACUGAUUAUGACCAAGAACCAACAACAGUAGAGGAGCAGGAACAUUUGAUAAAUGCUUUACUAGGACAUCAAAGAAACAUUGCCAAAACUGUAUCUAGUCUUUCUAGGUUUUCAAAAGUCCUUCAGAAACGAUUGAUCAUCUUGCAGCGAGUAUACCAAGCUGUAUCUUGUAAACAUCAUAUCAGAAAAAUUUCCAGUGAGGAUUCUCCUCUCAACAUAUCAGUAACUGGAAAAUCAGAAGACGAUAGGAGUCAUUUGGGAUUUGGAAUGCCCCAGGGCAGUGAUGCUUUGUUGGAAUUAGGGGUCAAAACAGGAAUUAAUAUUCUUUUCUCUUUACUCAGACAGAAUUGGAUGUUAGCAAAACAAACAGGACAGUUUUCAUUUUGCAAUGACAUAAUACAGACAGCUCUAUCUGUAGUGGAAAAUUUUCCACCACUGUCUCUUUCCAAUGAAACAAAGCUUACCCCACUUGGAGUAGACUCAUUGAAUCAGGUCAAUGUAUUUUUGCAACAAGCAGCAAGCCCCAAUUCUGAGGCUGAUUUGACAGGACAGAGAUUGGCUAUAGAGCUUAUGAUUGCCCUUGCUGCUCAGAGAGGAUCACUUCGCUAUGUUCUUAGUUGGAUUGAAUUGUCAAUGAAAAUCUCUGUCACAGUGACCAAGAGCAAAAAUAAAGACAAGCAUGCAGGGAAGAUACACUGGCAAACAUUUCUGAAGAUAAUCACAGAUAUGAUAAACCCAAUGGGAGGCGGCGCAGGACUCUCCAGUACUUUGAUUAGAGAUGUCUCUCCAGAUGAAAAUGGUCUGGUGUCACUUUAUUAUGCAGCAGUAAUUCUGUUGGAGGAGUUGUACUUUUUGGCCUCUGACUAUGCCAGUAAUUGCUGUACUGGACCAGAUGAAAAUUGUAACAACUCAACAUCACAAAGUAAUGCUAAUUUGAAUGGUAGCUGUGGAGAAGUAUAUGUGUGGGGCAGUAACUGUACUCAUCAACUGGCUGAAGGUGGACAGGAGAAGAUUACAACUCCUAAAUACUCCACUGUCUUUACAGACUGUCAGCAGGUGGAAGCAGGUCAGUUUUGUACAUUUCUUAUCUAUGGUGAUGGUACUGCAGGAGCUUGUGGUAAAGGUAGCUAUGGCAGGCUGGGUCUCGGAGAUUCAAAUAACUGUUCAGUGCCAAAGAAACCUUUGUUUGAAAAAAAGUGUUUCGUCAAAAAGAUCUCGUCAUCCAAAGGUUCGGAUGGACAUACUCUAGCUCUGACUACAACUGGAGAAGUUUACAGCUGGGGAGAUGGUGAUUAUGGAAAAUUGGGUCAUGGGACACACUCAACUCAGAAAUGCCCAAAACUGGUGAAAGGUCCAUUGGCUGGGAAGGUAGUGAAGUGUAUAUCAGCAGGCUACAGACAUAGUGCUGCUGUAACUGAGGAUGGGGAGUUGUACACAUGGGGAGAUGGUGAAUUUGGAAGAUUAGGACAUGACUACACAUCCAGCAAGAACUUUCCAACAAAAGUACAAGCCAUAGAAUCUGUAGGUCUCGUUGCCUGCGGUGGAAGUCACACACUGGCUGUGUCUCAGGAUGGUAAAACUAUAUGGUCAUUUGGUGGAGGAGAAAAUGGAAAACUUGGUCAUGGGGACACCAAUAGACAACAUAAACCAAAAGUGAUAGAAGCCUUGAGCGGAUUGUACAUCAGAAAAGUAGCUUGUGGGAGUCAAUCAUCUCUAGCUGUAACAUCUUCAGGCCAGUUGUAUGCAUGGGGAUGUGGAGCCAUUUUGGGAUGUGGGUCAGCAGAGUAUACUGCUCUCAGACCACGACUGGUGGAGGAUCUUCAGUCAAAACGAGUGGUUGACAUUGCAUGUGGUGACAGUCAUGUACUAGCUCUCACACAGGAGAGUGAAGUUUAUGCCUGGGGUAACAAUGCCAUGGGUCAAUGUGGCCAGGGACAUGCACAGAGUCCCAUCACACGUCCCAAAAAAGUUAUUGGUCUAGAUGGUAUCAGUAUUCACCAGGUGUCAGCUGGAACCUCUCACAGUGUGGCCUGGACAGCCCUUCCCACAGACAGACCAGUGGUAGCUUGGCAAAGACCUUUUUGUGUGGAUUUACAGGAGGCUACCUUUGCCAUUAUUAGGACAUUUCUGGAAAAUUUCUGUUCAGGCUUUGAUGAAGAGUCUCCACCUGCUCCAUUUAAUUCACACAGAGAGCACCGUCAUUUUGUCCAGCUGUGUUUGAAGAUGUUGAGCACUCACUUAUCUCUAGCUCUAGCUGGGGGUAUGACAUGUUCAGUUCUGGGAGACCAGGCACCGCAGCUAAGAAACCUACUGUUCAGACUUCUGGAUUCCAACAUUCCAGACAGCAUAAGAGAUACUGUUUCAGAAAUUCUGAGAGUAGGAGCAUCUCUUCUUCUCCCUCCCCUCAGGGAGAGAAUGGAGCUGUUACAUUCACUGCUUCCUCAGGGUCAGGGAAGAUGGGACAGUUUGUCUAGGGGAAAGCAAAUGCAGUUGAGUUUGAUAUUAACGAGUCUAUACGAUAACAAUCACAUCUCUACACUCCUUGGAUUCUCGGAUUCAUCAGAAAACCUUGCUUCAUCUCAACCUGGUGAUGGGUCUGUUGAUUUGAUGCUUGCAGAGAUCCUCAUGAAAACAAUUCUCAGAAAUCUUGCCAAUGAGACGGAGGAGGCCUUAGAUGACUUGGAGAAGAAUUUGGACAAAGAAUUUGAACAUAAGAUGUUCAUGAUGGCUUUCCCUCACCUUCACAAUCUUUUAUCAUCUCUCCAGAAACAUUUGUUGGCCUACUGCUUCACCCAGCAGCCUUGGAAGCCACACGAUUCUUUGACAGUUGAUCUUCUGUUUAAACACACAUCUCUGAUGUUUUCUGUCACCAAAAAUCUGUUUGAGAAAGCUCUGGUGCUCUUACAACAUGAGAAGUGUAAUUUGAGUGUGAUUAUUGCCAUUGAAGAUAUUUUGUACAAUUCUCCAGCAGGAGCCAUGAUGUUCCACAUUAUGAAUGCACUUUUGAUGUUACCUUUAGACUGGAUCAGUGAAAUGUUGCCAGAAAUUCUGCCCCUCCUUUCUGUUACAGACCAGCUUUGUAAAUUAUUACCUGAAAUCUGUAAAUUUGAAGCAUUUGAGUUGGAAGAGAAUACAGAAGACACACUUGAGAAAUGGUCCUGGUUGGUGGAUAUGGAGAGAACAUGUGCUACUUUGAUUGGUCAGUGUCUUGGUGGAAUGCUUGUUGGAGAUCAGAUGUCCAAACAGGAGAAGAAUUGUCUCCCUUGGUUGGAAAACCCAGUGUUUGGAAAUGGUGCUGAAAUUACCUCUAAGAAGACAGAGGAGGCAAUUCAUUUAGUUUUAGAUUGCAUUAGUAAGCAUCAUUUGGUAGGACUGGAGGAUUUGAAUCUGAAUGCAGAUGAUGUAGUAUUGUUGGAGUUCUGUUGUGGACUGAAGUCAGAAGCUACAGACAAUCUUUGGGAAACCAUGCAAGAUUAUGCAUCUAGAGAGGACUGGGACACCUCAGAAAUAAGCAAUGAUGAGGAAUUGGAUACCAUGACCAGAUGUCUCUUGUGUGCUUUGUUGAAACACUGUAAUCUAGUCAAAGUAGCCUUGCAUAGAAAAAGCCCCCCAAAAACAUUACUUGUCAUCUUCCAGUACAUAUACAGAGUAAGAAGUUGCUUAAUGCAGCACCAUAAGGCAAAACCAGGUUCCCUGUCCAGUCAAGGGCAACAGUCCCUUGAGGAGACUGGGCCAAAGGAGGACUCUGCAGAGUCUGUAGAGUCCCCACAAAGAACAGAGAUGAUGGGGGUAGAGAAGUCCACAGAUCAGGAGCAUGAGAGGGAGGAAGCUGUGUCUGAUGGUAUCAUAUCAGAUGACGAAGGGACAAUCAAAGAUUUACCACAGAUUUUGAAGGAAACAACUUUUGAAGAAGAAUGUAGAAAGUAUCAACAAAGGUGUUUAUUUCUGUUGUUAGGAGUUCGACCAGCUGUCUCAGAAUCUAGUAGCAAAUCUUGUGAGGCCACAGGGACACCUGAUAUUAGACUGAGAAGAAGAGGAAGUGUUCCUGAUUUAUCUCCCUCCAGCAAACUUGUCUUAGAACAACAGAAAGGGUCACAAGGCGAAAAGAGCGAAGAAGUGAGAGAUGGUGCCUCUACACCAGAUCACAAUAGAAGAGAUACAAAUGUGGCUUCCCUUCAGAGAGUGAAAGAAAUGCUACGUCGUCUCCGAUGGCAGCAGGAGCGUUCCACAGUACCGCACAGUCACCAUAAAGCUCACAGUAUUAAAACCUUUGUACAGCAGAUAGCCUCUGAUCUUUGUAAAUUUGUUUGUGGGGAGAAAAUAGGAAGCCCCUCCAUAGGUCAGGAGUCUUCCAUCAGCUGGGAAGUGGAACCCAGAGAAAUGGCUUUGGCAUUAGAUGAUCAGCAGAAAAAAGCGGAGUCUCGGUUGAGGGCAUUGAAUCAAAUAAAAGAGCUACUGUCAACAAACACUGCCAAGUCUGACCUGGAAAGGAGCCCUACCCCCUCCACUCUUUUAAGUUCUGCACAUAUACAGCUAAUGAUGGGCUGUUUCAACUUUGGUUCCCAGUUGUACCAUUAUCAGGAUGGAAUAAGUGCAGCAAAGACAGAAGUUCAGCAAGAUAUUCUUUUAACUGUCCAUCAGAUUUAUGAACUGUUGGUGUCAGCAUUGAUAGAAACUGACAGAUGUGUAAACAUUAAACCAGGGGAGUCCAAGAAACUGCUGCUGUGGACAAUAUUUUCCCUGACAAUGAAGUAUGGGCCUUCAGACUUAUCUCUUGCUGUCUCAUGUGGACUUCUACCUCUUCUAUUUAAACUGACCCUGGGGAAUGCCAGACUGACCUACUUGAUGCCAGUACCAAAGAGGAACCUCACUGCACCCCAGUUUGAUAUGAUCCUACAAUGUUCCAGUAGUAAUCUGCUCAAUGUCAUUACUUUGACAUCAGGAGCCUGCUGUGAUAAGCUAGGAACUGGAGUUGUCCAGAGUAUUGUGGAUCUCUUGUGGAAUCAGCUCUGUCACAUCUGGUCCGUUGGGAAUUCUUCUAAUCAAGAAAUUCGUGAUGAUGGCUGGCAGUCCUCCUUAGGGAAUUUCCUGUUGUUUCUGAGGAGAGUGGCAGCCGCCCCUGCAAUGCAAAAACACUUGACAUCCAGGAAGUGGAUCUCUAGAAUACUGGCCAUGACAGGACAAUUUGAUGAAUCAGGUAGCAUUAUCCUGAGCAAUAUGAGGACAAGGCUGAUUGCCUUCAGUGUACUGGAAAUGGUCCUCAAUUCCUGUGGGAAGGAUACAGACCAAAAUUACAUACAGGAGGUUGUGGAAGACCUCUUCCAGUGUUUGUCAGACAAUAUGUGGAAAAUUCCCCAGCAGUUAGAACUGCAAAAGGCACAGGAAAAGAAGAGUAGAUUACAGUGGAAGUUAUCAGCUGGGACUGAUUUAAAUGUAGACAAGGAAACAGACUCUGAGGACACUAAGAUUAUGAUGCAGAAUGCCACAUUUGAUACAGACAAGUGUCUUAAUUGUACAAUAGAGAGUCCACAAGUGUUGGUGCAUUCUACAUCAGGGAAGGGUUAUGGACUGGGGUCCACAGCGAUGGUGUCAGGGUGUUACAAGUGGAAGGUUCUAAUAGUGAAAGAAAAUAAAGGCAACGAGGGUACAUGUGUGGGUGUGUCAAAGUGGCCAAUCCAUGACUACACUCACCGUACCACAACAGACAUGUGGUUAUACAGGGCUUAUAGUGGAAAUCUCUAUCAUGGAGGGGAACAGGCCAUGGCCCUCAAUGGAUUCACCCAAGGGGACUUUAUCACUGUCAUCCUUGACAUGGAUGCCAAAACACUGUCCUUUGGAAAAAAUGGAGAGGAACCAAGAAUAGCAUUUGAAGACAUUGAUGCUGGUGAACUUUAUCCUUGUGUGAUGUUCUAUAGUGGGACACCUGGAGAAAAGGUCAAGAUGACAGACAUGCAGAUUUGUGAGGGAAACAAAGAGUUACUGCCAGGAGACCCGCUGUGUGCCCCAGUUACUUCGGCUAUAAUGGAGGCCAAUGUCAGCAUGAUGAGAAGGCUACACCAAAGUGAGACCUGGGGAUCCACAAUCAACAGGAAGAUUGUUGAUCAACUAAGUAAAAUCAAGGACUUGGAGAAAUCUCAUAAGCUUGAUGAUGUUGCCCAAAGUUUUCACUCAAAAGAGAAAAAGAAAAAUCAAAAUGAAAACGACACUAAGCCACAGAGUGAAGCAUCAAACAAGCCUGCUUCAGAUGGAGAAAAAUCAUCUUACAAGGAAGAUGAGAAAAAAGAUGAAGGUCAAAGUGAAGAGCAAGACAAAGAUGAAAUUGUAGACUUCACUGAUGAAGAAACUGUUAAAACACUGUGUUCCCAGGUUUGGCCUAGCUUGGUUCUUAUUGGUGGUCUGGAUCCUGGAUUGAGGGUUGGGGGUAGCUGUAGACACAAGACUACGUCAAAAAAGGGAACACUAAUGGGUGUGUCUAGAGAGGGGUCAGCCACAGUCAAAGUACAUUGGGAUGAUGGUGAUAGUACAGUCAGUGAUGUGUUGUUGACUAAAAUAGAGGCCAUAGAACCAGAACCAUUUCAAGCCAACAGUUUGUGUGGUCUAACAGCGGGACAUCUUGAAUCUGUAAUGAAUCUUGCCUGUUUGACAGAGGACAUUCCUCCAGCAUUUACAAAUCUAUACUCCAAUAAACUAGGCACCAAACAUCCAAAAGCAAUGCAAACUGAGCUUGACAAUGCUAGAGAAACUGAUGCAUUGAUGAAAAAGUUAGAUGAGGAUAUUGCUCGAGUACUGGAACAAGAGCAGUCCUCUUGCAUUGGAGUGGAUCACAAUGCUGACAAGAAGGUUAUCAAGGCUCCUCUUGUACAGUUGGAGACCUUUGAUUUGGACAGUACAGAAGACACAGCAAGUAGCACUUCUUCUGUGACUUCUCCUAGAUUUCCCGAUCUGACAGGGUCAGAUAUCAAUCUGCUAACCAAACCAAAGACUUGUCUGUUUGAAGCUCCUGAGGUAGGUGGUUUAAAUGUGACAUUGGAUGAUGGACAUGUUUCUUCCCAGCAGUCUGGGCUGGAGACUGACAGCAGAACUGAAUCAGGAAAUGUAGAGGAGGAAAAUCAUGAGGAGGAACAAACUCUUACUGACUUUCAAUUUAUGCAGAGAUCCUUCAUACAAGUUACAGCUCUGAAAGCCCUUAAUGUAAUAAUUCAGUGCAACAAAUUCACAGAGAUGUUAUUGGUUCCAAAAUCUGAUUUGAUGGCAGAUUCUAGUAAGGCUUUAGUUGAUGGCACUGUUGUGAGAAGAGAUGAAGAUUUUAAAUGUGGAUUGAGGUCUCUGAUGAAGAAAAUGGUGAAGAUUUCCUUGUGUAAUGCCUCCUUAGUGAAGGUAUUUACUGUGGCGGAUUUAGAGAGAGCCCAGGCUGUAUUGUACCAGGUGCUCACAGUUAAGAGUGCUGAGGAAAAUGCUGGCAUUCCUGAGUUAAAAGCAAAACUUCACCCUGGUGGAAUGCCUACCAUCAAACCUACCCGUGAAGUGAAACAAAAAGAAACACAAUUCACAUUUAAAAGGCUUGAGGGAAAUUUAGGAAGUUUUAUCAUCCCACCCCCCAACAUACCAAAUCUGCCACCCGACCUUACAGAGGAGGAGAUUGAUAUGUCUCAGGAGGAUUCCAGAUCAAACAUGCAACAAACUUCUAUAUUGCAGUUUUUAAGACGAGGAACUGGAGGGGUUAGUAAUUCAUCUCCCAGGAACCAGAGAAACAUUGUACCUCGUACACCAGCUGAUUACGUUUCACCACCUGCCAAUGAGGAGGUGGAGACAGAACCCCCACCACUACCAGCACCCCGCAGGUACUCCUCCUCAGCCACCCUUCCCUCUACAUUGUGCAGAAGGAUUGGCAGUGCAGCCAAGAAACCACCACACCCACCUGUUAGGGCAAGGUCACCUUCACCCCCUCCACCACCCAUUGCUGCUCCUCUCUUAGAGAUGGGAUUCUCCAUUCAGGCCAUUAAGAAGGCAAUCAGAGAAACAGGUACAAAUGGAAGGGAGGUGUCAGCCAGUGGAAUAAACACCUUGGCUAUGUGGAUGUUGGAGAAUCCUGACAGCACUGCUGAUCAGGCCCCAGUAAAAUCUCGGGAAAUGAAUAGGAGGGGCAGUCUUGAGUCCCUGGACAGAAGAGGACUGAGGAGGAGGCGACCAUUAUCAAGUCAGGAGGCCACCAAUAGGAAUGCUGAAGACACCAGCGAUGAUACAGAGAAUUUUGGAUCACUGUUCUUGCGCAGACAGAGACCACUUACAAGAACCAGGCACAUCAAUCUCAGAAGUAUUGGCAAUUUAGACAAUGAGGAUGAUGAUGACACUAGAUCUGAAAUGCCCCUGCCCACUGGAGAGGAGGGUUUGCUAUCACUUUCUGAGUUAUACAAUGUAACUAGCACUGGGCAGGAAUAUAGUGAUAGUCUACUGCGCCCCCAUUCCUUGGCUGAUUUGUAUGACAACAUACUGGAACUGCAGGAUGAGAUUUGUAAUGAUGACAGUAUUGAGGAUUUGUUUAAUGUGGAACAUGCUGAGCACAGGGAUACUUGGGACUUGUUUAAUGCUUUGAGGCGAGAGUUGGAAGACCAAACUACUGUGACCUGUGAACUGUGUCAACAGGAAACGUCCAAUUUCAAUAGGCACAUGAGAACUGAACACCCAGGAUGCAUGGGUAGUUGUGCCCAGCAUGGAUACAGGAGUAACGGUAUUUAUGUAGAUGGUUGGUUUGGAGGUCGUUGUGGAUCAGGUCACCCAUUUUACCUUAUGUGUCCCGACUGUCGAGAAAAGUACUUAGAGGCCAGAGGAAACAGGGAGAAUCUCCAAAACUCAGCAGAUCUGGGAGAUCACAGAUCUAGUGUUAAGGCUCCAGACCUGUUGGAUAUCCUUGAUCAUGGAUUAAAUGAUCCAGUGCCUCUUUUCUCUGAUUCUUCUCAAAGUAAGCCAGUGACAGAGAAAGUUGAAGUUUUGAUGUCAAAGAUAGGACUCACUGAUCAUAAGCCUGUCCCUGAACCAGUCAAAUUCUCAGAAAAUGACCCACUUGGAACAGGUCUCCUUAAAUCUGCAACUUCUUCAGGAGAUGUCUUAAUGACACUCUCAUCAUUUGCCAAAGGAAGUAGGCCAGACAGUCGUAAUAAAUCACUAGGGGAGCAAGCUUCCUUUAUAAAAACAAGUGAGGACAGAAAAGUGGCUCUUUAUAGAAUCACUUCCACCAUGCAGAUCAUGAUAGCAAGAUCCAUGGUGACAAAAGUUUUGUCUGUGCUAGCAGCCAGUGGUCCAAACUGCAGUCUGCCUUCAGCCCUGGAUUACAUAGGUCUGUCAGAUAUCAUGACCCUUGUCCAAUUUAUGUGUCUGUGUGCUACAGGAAAGGUUCUAUAUCCUCUGAGUUGUCAGCCUAGAGACUCUGCUGAGAGCUUGUGUCACCUUACUACUGCUAUAGGUACCCUGGUUCAGGAUAGCCCUGCCUCUCUCCAACAGCUUAUCCAACUCUGUACACAGGAACUAAUGUUAGCAGCAACAGGAGGUAACAAGGGAGAUGUAAGAAAGAAGACAAAGAACACCACCCCCUCACAGCCGUCCUCCAUGCUGACAGUCACACAGUCCUUAGUGACCCUUCUAACUCGAAAUAAGUGGGUCAGCAGUCCAAACUGGAUAUCUCAGUGGUUUCCAUGUUCAGACUCCCAAGAGUCAGAGUCUUUAUCAACUGCAGAAUCAUCAGAUUCCCCUACAAGGGAGGACUCACCCCUAAAUCUCAUUAAUGCACUAGCAGCUUGUGUACUGUCCACUAAGUUAUCUUCCUUAUACAAGCACUGGGCUGUCAAAGAAUUUAUACAGUGUUUGUCCUCUCAAUCAGCUAGUCAGCCAGAUCAGAUUGUAAACCAAGUGGACUGGGGUGGAGACAUGCCAUCCUGUCCAGUGUCCAAACUAGAGGCCCACCAAAACAGACUGGCACACUGUGUGUGGAGUACCAAGAAAAAUCUGUUAGCCACCAGUGGAUAUGAUGGUACACUGCGAGUGUGGAGUCUGCCCAACAGAACACACCAGUUUUUACAACAGACCUGUAUAUUUAACCGUGGGGAUGAUGACUGUGAGGAAUUAGAUGGUAAUCUUCUGACCUGUAUCUGUUGGAGCAGCACAGGAAAAUACCUGGCGGGGGCCAUAGACAAUAUUAUUAAUGUCUGGACUACAAGUGGUGGAAAAGGUCACAUGGAUAUCCAGCCUCAUUUUGUAUCCGUCAUGACUUGGCCAGAACAUAAAGGAAUGAUGGGAGGUUGCCUGGGUCUGACUACUGACACCCUUCUGAUUGGUCGACUUGAUGGCUCACUGGCCUAUAUUGAUGUGUUUGAUAGCUCUAGCUUUAAGAGGCAUGAGCUAGAUCAUUGCUACAGAGAAAAUGUUUCAGUUACACAAAUUGCAUGGUUUGAUGAAGACAGGCCAUUUGCUGUAGCAUUUAGUGAUGGGGUGAUUUCCCUAUGCACAAAGUUGGAAAUUGAGGAACCACACUUGACAAAAGCUUUCGAUAGUUCUAUUAUUUGUAUGAAGUGGGACCCCACUGGUCACAUGCUGGCUUGUUGUGCAGAUGGAGAACCUAACAUUAAAAUCUACAAAGGCAGACAGGAAUUGAACCUUGCGUUCAAGCUACAACACAGGGCUGAAGUUUCAACGCUUCAGUGGUGCCACACCCUUGGGAAGGGAGAUAAAAAGGAAUUGAUGAUGGCAAGUGGCUGUGGUGACGGUGUUGUCUAUGUUUGGAUGUUGAACCAGUACACAGGAAGUGAAUCAAAUUUAUCACCAUUUAACUUUGAUUCUGUGAAUCAAGAUGAGGAAUUUUGUAAUUCAGAGACGUCCAUUCAGUCACUUUUAACAAUACGGGGUCAUGUUAGCACCGUGACAUCACUUGCAUUCUGUCCAUCAGCACUAAUGUUGGCUUCAGGGUGUGAUAGAGGAUGGCUUAAUGUCUGGUCCAUUUGUGAUGGAAGUGUACUACAAACUCAUAUGGAAAAUGGUAUGGUCAGUGAUUUGUGUUGGUUUGCAGAUCAUGGACUGGCAGCUUGCUUCAGCAAAACUAAGGAUGUAGUUAUUUUGCAUUACACUACAGACCUAUUGGAAAAGAAUAGAGCAUUGUCUGUCUGUAGAAAAUCCUUUAAGCAGCAGGGAAUCUGGGGAUUAAACCAGGCUCCCUUUCUACUCAGUCUGAUACAGAAGUUACCCAUUCUUCUCCAGGACCAAUACCUGUAUGAAAAGCCUAAGGUGGUGUCUGGCCAGCAGCUGGUACACAGCUCUUACAUGCAACACUUGGCAAUUUUAGCAGUAGGACUAGAGCUGGACAAACCUCUGUGUCACCAACCAUGUGCCCCACAUCAUAUCAGUUCUGACAAUGUCCAGGACCUAGUGACUCCAGAGUGGCAGUGGUUGUUGUCCUUCUCAGCAGCUGUCAAGUCAGCGGAGGCUCUAUCCAAUAGAACACCAUUCCCAGAAUCUUUCAGAAUGCUCAAUAAAGAUACUCGUUCCUGUCAUACACAGUCUUGGGACAACACAAAAUGGGAUCUGAAUAUGGAUGUACAGAUAAUGACUUGGGCUAUGCAGAAACCAGAGGACUGGCUGAUUGGGGGGAAAUGUGAGGCCUUCCUUUGGGGGAGUGGUAGAAAUGGACAGAUGUCUGAGGGAGGGAGAGGGGCAUUUGUUCCUGUUAAGGUCCAGUCUUUCUCCUGUGCACAACAGAUUAUAUGUGGACAAAACUGUACCUUCGUGGUUCAGAACAAUGGGACAGUAAUGGCAUGUGGAGAAGGCAGUUAUGGUCGAUUGGGUCAGGGUAAUUCUGAUGAUCUCCACUCGCUGACAGUCAUAUCUUCCAUUCAAGGUUUUGUGGUGACACAGUUAGCCACAUCUGUGGGGUCAGAUGGUCAUGCUUUGGCUGUGACAGAGAGUGGGGAGGUGUUUUCCUGGGGGGAUGGUGACUAUGGUAAACUGGGACAUGGCAACAGUGAUAGACAAAGGAGACCCAGACAGAUUGAGGCCCUGCAGGGGGAGGAAGUUGUUCAGUUAUCAUGUGGAUUUAAGCAUAGUGCUGUAGUGACAGCUGAUGGAAAGCUAUUUACCUUUGGGAAUGGAGACUAUGGAAGAUUGGGCCUGGGUACAACCACCAACAAAAAAGUUCCCACCAGAGUUGUGGCCCUUGAAUCUCACCAGAUUGGAUAUGUUGCCUGUGGUUUGAACCACACUUUGUGUGUAUCAUCAGAUGGAACAAAUGUGUGGGCAUUUGGAGAUGGUGACUUUGGGAAGCUGGGACAAGGAAACACUGUGGGAAAACAUUUACCGACUAAAAUUAAAUCUCUCCAGGGACAUGUAGUUAAAAAGGUGACCUGUGGAACACAAUUCUCUGUAGCUCUCACUAAGUAUGGAAAAGUCUUCACAUGGGGACAAGAGAGACUUAUAGGGCAACCUGACACAAGAGGGGGAAGCAAUUGUCAGCCACAGGAGGUUGCCUCCCUUUCAGGAUACUUUAUAGAGGAUGUAGUAUGUGGGGCAGAACACACUCUUGUCUUGACCAGUGAGGGUGAUGUGUGGGGUUGGGGAAACAACAGUGAGGGACAACUUGGCUUAGGACACACAAACUCUCCUGUGAGGGAACCUCAGCUAGUGCCAUGUCUGACUGGAAAAAAUAUCAGACAGAUAUCAGCAGGUAGGACACAUAGUGCUGCCUGGACCACACCCUGUCCUCCACAGAGAAUUCCUGGGGUUCCUAUCCCCCUGCAGUUGGGGACCCCCAGUAAAGUCCCUGCCAGCUGUAGUACCCUGAGGGAGUGUCAGAUGGAAAAUAUACAAAGUCGUCUGAAGCUGCUUCAUCACUUCUCUGAUCUCAUCUACUCCUCAUGGAGACUUCUUCCACUUACAACAAUACAUAAGAGCGAGUUGCCUCACUAUGCAGCAGGCAUGUCUGGUAUAGUGGAUGGAAGAUUAAGACCCCUGCUAUCCCCCAGAGUGUUCUCUCUACCCAUGGUCAGGGCUAUUGGGAAAACUAUGGUACAAGGAAAGAACUAUGGGCCCCCUAUCACAGUAAAAAGGCUUUCAACAAGGGGUAAGAAGUGUAAACCAGUGUUUACACAGAUAGGACAGCAGGUGAUUAAACUGAGGGCAGAGGACCUAAGGUUACCAGCCAGGGCCUGGAAAGUCAAACUCAUUGGGGAGGGAGCAGAUGAUGCAGGAGGAGUAUUUGAUGAUACAAUCACUGAAAUGUGUCAGGAAUUGGAAACAGGAAUUGUGCCAUACUUCAUUCCAACACCAAAUGCCAGAAAUGAGUCUGGGAAUAACAGAGAUAGAUUUUUAUUGAACCCAGCCCGAUGUGGAGAAGAUGAUCUUGCAAUGUUCAAGUUCCUGGGGAUCCUGUUUGGGGUGGCCAUCAGAACUAAGAAACCCCUGGACUUACAUCUGGCCCCCAGUGUGUGGAAACUCCUGGUAGGAAUACCACUAAGACUGGAGGAUCUUGAGGAGACUGAUCAUAUUUAUAUUCAAAGUUUGAGGGGUAUUCUGGAUAUUCAUGAAAGUGGAGUGAAUGAAACCAACUUCCAUGAGUUCAUCCCUUUGGACUGUUUUGAGGGUCAGAGUGCUGAUGGCAGAUUAGUCCCUGUUAUUCCAGGGGGAGGGACAUUACAGCUUAACUUCAACAAUAGGAGGGAGUAUGUGGAGGCAGUGCUGAAUUACAGGCUCCAGGAAAUGAACCGGCAGGCUGCUUCAGUAAGGGAGGGUUUGUCAUGGAUAAUUCCUGUUCCCCUGUUGACCUUACUGACCCCACAGAACCUUGAACAACUGGUCUGUGGGAUGGAGGAAAUGUCUGUAGAUGUUCUCAGGAAAGUAGUCAGGUAUCGUGGAAUUGAUGAGAAAAAUGAAGUAGUGUGCUGGUUUUGGGAGGUCCUUGAAGCAUUCAGUAACGAAGAAAGAAUACAAUUUCUUAGAUUUGUCUCAGGAAGGACACGCCUACCAGCUAACCCUUCUGAUAUUUCACAGAGGUUUCAGAUCAUGAACUCUGACAGAGGAGCAAAUUGUUUACCAACAUCUCAGACAUGUUUUUUUCAACUUCGCCUACCAAAUUAUCCAAGUAAAGAAAUGCUGGCAGAGAAGCUACGGUAUGCCAUUUUCAACUGUCGAUCUAUAGACAUGGAUAACUAUAUGCUGGCCAGGAAUGCAGAAAAUGAACAAAUGUCUGAUGAGGAUAUUGAGGAUGAAGAUCUUUUUAACACAAAUUUUGGACAAACUUAACACUUCAGGACAUAAAGUCUCUAAUUAUUCAGUAAAAGCAUAAUUGUUCCCUAGUACCAAAACUUAAUAGACAUGUUACAGUUAUUUAUGUGGUAUGCAGGACAAUUACUUGGCUUUCUGUAGGAAAUGUCAUUUGUUUCAUGCUAAGAAAUUUCAAAUUCUCCAUAAAUUUAAUAUAUGGGUGUUUGAAAUGAUUAACCUGGAAGCUAUUUUCUUGCUUUGUUUAUAUGUCUGUGAUAUUUGCUGUUUUAUAAAAAGCUAUAAUGUGAACACAUUUUCAUUGUUAUACUCUGGGUAAUUAACUAUCAAGGGAUACUAAAUUUAUGAUCCAUAGAUUUACUUACACAAUGAAACACAAAGUAUCAAAUCUUGAAAAAUCCUGCAUCUCUUGGUUGAAAGUGAUGAAAUACCAGUAUUGGAUCAUUAAAUUGUCCUUACAAAUACAGUAAGGAAAGCAUAAAUUGGUUUUAUUUUGAAGAAUUUCACUAGAAUUAUGUUUGCCAGAUGUGCAAUGUAUGAAUGUGCUUACUGGAAUUUGUAAAUGGUUUGUAUACUCUCUCAGAAAUCUGUUGAUGUUUGGAAAAGUCAAGGUACAAUGAAACCUAUUAGAGAAACUAGAAAUAUGUCCAUAGGAUAUGAAUGCCCUGCCCAGGGUUCAUUAUAAUGCAACAUGAAAAUUUGUAUUGGUGAAUGAAGUUUGAUGAAAAUAUCUUGAAAAGUUUCUUUAAAACUGAGUUUUAUACACAAUAAAUAGUAAAGUCAAA